CUUGGUGAGGAGAAAUGGGCUUAUCUGGAAAACUUGAGUAAAAUGGGUGGAUUUCAACCAUUGAACCCUCUUGUGGAAAAAAUAUGCACAAAUUGUGCCAGAUUUGCAACUCUCAGUCUGCAAAAAGUUGACAUUUCAGUUGUGUACCACUGAAAUAUUAGGAAAUCAAACCCAUCUUGAAGUUUACUUGUAUACAGACCAGAAGGAUAGAACUUGCAUGGAACAAGAAAAUUUCUUGAAUAAAUCCUUGAAGUUAACUUUUGAUAAAAAUUUUCUAUCUGAAACAGAGAACCUGGUCAACAUAUUUGAUAUUAUUGAAAGAAUAGAUGUAAGGUCUGAAAAUAGUUCUGAUUGGAUGACAAAAUUUGGGAAUUUUUCUGACAAACCAAUCAACUUCAGCACACAAAUUUAUCCGUAUGUAGACAAUCAUAUAUUUCUUUGCUUUACUUGGAAUUCCUACAUUUCCCAAUUCUUCAAUAUCAGAGUUAUACCAACCACAUAUUCAGGUCUUUUUAAAAACUUUUUCCGAACCAUAUGAUAUAAUAAUGAAGAGUUUUUAAGGAGAAGUUCAAUUGUAUGUUCAUAAAGAAAAAGAGUUUCUCAGAAGGAAAAGAAAUGCUCUGAUGGAAAUCCACUAUAUCGAUCAUAUCAUGGACUUAAACAUAGACAUCACAUCUAACCAGCUUGUGCCUUCACCAAACAAUCCAUGUGCCACUGAUACUUUUGAUUCUUGUGUUGAUAACUUUAUUAAGACAACACUGAACGAUCAUUGUCGACUUCCUUUUAUGAAAGAUACCAUAGGAGAGAUUCCAAUCUGUAACACUGGUGAUAGCAUGCAAGGUGCACUUAAUCUAUUCCAAACUAGCCAUCUAGAAUGUUCUCAAAUAGAAGUGAGGAUUGAGGCAAAUCCAGUGGACUGGAUGUACAUCUUGAUGAAUCCUAAUUUUCCGGUUAAGACAGUUAUCCCAGGGUACUAUUUGACAAUCCCUAGAACAGUUCUGGUGUCCAGGAUGGUGGAAAAUUAUACUACUGUCUCCUUCAUUGCUGAAUUUGGAGGUUGGGUUGGAUUAUUCCUGGGAGUUUCACUGCUUGGAGUGUUUAAGCUGAUGGUUGUUCCGUAUUUCAAUUCAGACACUGACAAGUUAUUAAAAAAAAUCCUAAUGACUGGUUUGACUUUUAUGAAAACUGUUUGUAUAAUAUGCUUGGCAUACAUACUGUUUAAAUGCUGUGAAAAGAUGAUAACUGGAGAAAUUAAAUCAGAUGUCAAGUUUCAAGAUGAUCUUAAGAAUAUCAGUUUAUCACUAUGUUCUAUGGAAAACAGCUAUAGAGUAGAAUAUUUGGGAGCAAAUCUGUCUUAUGUUGGAAACAUUCCUGGGUUUUGGAAUAAUAUAACAAAAAUAAUGGAUAAGUUAGACACCCUACAAAUUGAUUUUCAAAAUGGAAAUAAAGUUACAAUAAAGGACUUCACCCAAAGUCAACAUUAUUUUGAACUCACUUCCAACAUACCAAGAUAUGGAACAUACAUAGAAACCUGUCAUACAUUUAAAUUGAAAAAUCAUAUAAAGAUGUUGAAAGUUAAAGCCAAGAAAGAAAUGAGAAUUUAUGUUCACAUGUCAGGCCAGCUGUUUAGACCUGGAAGACAUGGUUUUACAUUUAUAAACUCAGAUACAGUUAUAAGCCGAACCAGGUAACAGGUUUUGGCCUUAAAUCAAACAAUUUCAAAAAUAUUGAAAGCAUAAUAGACAUAUCUUUUUGAAAACACUAUGUCUAUUUGGGAAUUUGAUCUAUGAUUCUUUUUGGUCUAAAAGUUUUCUGUUCUAUAGAGAAUUAAAUCAAAAGAUGAAGAAAAUGAUCCAAAAUAAUUUUUUAGAUUUAAAUCUUCACCUUAGCAAAAAACACAGAAAAUGUGAUCUAAAAUUUGAAGGAUCUUUUCUAAAUAGUUUUUUUUUAAAAUUGUCUGAUUAAAUAACAUUUUUUUGUUGUACAUUUGUUUAAAAUCCAGAUUUUUUAAAAUUUUUGUUCAUGUUAGAGAUAAAUAGAUUUUAGUUAAGAAAUUAGUAGGAUUUAGGUUAGAGAGGUUUAGGUUAGGGAUGAGUAGGGUUCAGGUUAGAACUGAGAAGGAUUUAAGGUAGAGAUGAGUAGUGUUCAAGUUAAAUAUGAAUAGGGUCCAAGGUAGAGAUUAUUAGGGUUCCAGUUGGCAUGGUAUCUAUAGUGUUGGGUAUUUUCCCAAAGGCAUUUUCCCAACGGCAACUUCCCAAAUAACUUCUCGUUAGGUUAGGCCUUCUGAGGCGUCGCAGUCUACAAUGGGGGGUCAAGCCCUGCAGCUUGGAUGAGCUAAGGCACCAAGCCCUGAGGCUAGAACUGGCUAGGGGGGCCAAGACCUGUGGCUAGGAUAAACUUGGGAAGUUGCUGCUUAGGAAUUUGCUGUUUUGGAAAUUGCACAGUUGGGAAGAUUCCUCUUGGGAAAAUUCCAUAGAGGUUAUAGUAUAUAGAGUGAUGAUUUACUAAUUGUACAGACCAUGUACUCCACUUCAAAGGUCAAUCUGUAUACUGCAGUACUUGGGGGUGAUUUCUUAAAACACUCAUAUUGCACAUCUGGCUAGGAGAAUUUGUUUUCCAUUUCACUAGUGUAAUUCACUGCUCUUCCAUUGUGUGCAGGAUUACAUUUUCACAGGAAGAGCAAUAUUUCAUCGCUGACAAACAUUUCUCAGAAAACUGAGUAAAAUUUAAGAUAAAAACCUCCCCAUGCACUUAAACUAAGAAAGCGUACCGCAUAUUUGAUGGCUGUACUGUAUGAGUAGGCCAUAAUCUCUUUAUAUCCUUCACCAGUAAACUGUUUUAAAUGUACACUUAGACUAAUAUACACAGACAGAGAGCUAAGAUUCAGCCCCCCUGGAAAAUACCUAACUUUACCUUAUGAUAAAGCCCUACAUGUCUCUACCUAAACUAUCAAGCUUUGGAUACUAUUCUCUACAUUUUGACCCUACCACACUUUAGAUCUAAUUCCACUCUAUUUAGAUGAAAGUCUACACUUCAUAAACAUAUUUUAUUAUGUUUCAUUAUCAGAGGAAAUUUUUAAUGAAAUUUAGUUUUUGAUCUAAUCCUAUACUUUCCUAAAAAAUGUGGGAUUUUGAUUAAAAUUUUUUUUCAAGAUCAAAUUCCACAGAGUUAUUAUACUAAGUUUGAUUGUAUGGAAAAAACGUUUGUUUUUAAAGUUGUUUAAUUUUUUUUGCCCAAAACAAAUUCAUUUGAACCAAUUGAAAAUUCAAAACUUCUUUGAAAAUUAACUUCAAUUAGGUCCAACAUUUAUGAAAAUUUUAUGCUUCUAAAUGAAAUUCAUGUUCCAAGCAAGAAAUUUUCUUUGGGUCAAAUUCACAAUUUUUUUAAUAAAACUUUCUUUGAAGUUGUGUAGAUAUAUUCUUAUUUUUAUAAUCUUCUCAGUGGCCUAACUUUAAGAAUUUAAACAGUGUCUCUGAACAGCAAAAACUGGUUCCCAUUGAGCUCCGGAUGAAAUCUUGGAACACUGAAUACAGUUUCAAGUAAAAUCAACCAUGUUUAAGCUGUGUCCCAAAUUUGAGACAUGGCUCAAAUUUUUAAAAUCUGUCUCUUAGCCCUUUUUUGCUUAAAUGUCAGAAUGGGGAGAUUUUAUUUUUUGGUGAUUUCUCAGUUUUGACUUUUUAAAGUUCUACUGAUGUUUCAUUGCUGUUUUUAAUUUAAGUGAUGAAUAUGGUUAUGUUUGUGAAUCUUUCUUUGGUGUAAGAAUAAAAGUAUUGAAUCAAACCCUCAUUUAUAAUGAUGAAUACAAGGAGAAUAAUAUGUUUGAUGACUGUAUAUUGAAUGCGGUGGUUAAGAAUAUUGGAAACCCAAAUGUUAAACAGAUAUUGAAAUUAGAAAAGCAUAUGAUUGUUACUUACACAUUACCAGAAAAUGUUUUCAAAAAUCUUUCAAGAAUUUUUGAGAAUGUACUUAAUAGCCAGCAAUGUGUAAUACCUAGCCUAAGAAUAAAGGCUACAUUUUCAUUAUGGCAAAUGGAUUCAAUGUCAGUAACAAUGUUUCGUAAAUACACUGAACCCUGGGUAAAUGAAACAUUUGAGAAUAAGCAAAUGUAUUACUUCAACCUCGAGUUGCCUUUCUCAGUAAUUACUAAUCAGGUAAAUUUCAUGUAAUUAUUAUUUUUCUCAUUUAUCUUCAAAAAUGUUCAAAUUCUCAUAGGCCUACUUUUCUUAUGGUAUGGUGUCUUUCAUUGCUGAACUUGGAGGAUGGAUUGGAUUACUUCUUGGAUUCAGUGUCCUUGGAGUUGGCUCUACCUUAAAUGACUUCAUAUUUCGAGAGAAAAGAAAAAUUGCCUUUGUGGGGCAUUUAGUUUUUAUGAUAGCUAUAAUUAUUGCAAUGAUGUAUCUAUCUAUUAUUUCAAUAUUAAAAUUGAAGAGUAGGCCAACAGGAACUAAUGUAGAAUACCAUAGUAUUCAUUCUCAAGUAAACCUGUCAAUAACAUUCUGUAAAACUGGAAAUUUCAAUACAGGCAGAGAUGGGCAUCAAUUUUUGUGAAUGAACAACAUUUUUCAAAUCAUACUAUUGUUUUUAAAACCAUAGUGUUUUUUUAGAAAAUUUACUAACAAUGAAGGAACAAAUUGGAUCAUUCAGAGAAACUUUUGAAAAAAAUUUAAAUUCUAAUUACUGAAUGAACAAUUUCUUUGAACAAACUUGAAAAAACAAUAUUUAUUUUUCACUGAACUAACAAUUAUUUCAAAUGAACUUUUGAAAAACUAACAAUUUUUUUACUAAAAGAAUGAUUUGAUUAAUGAAUGAUCUCACUGAACAAACAAUUUAUGUGAAUGAUCCUUCAGUAAGAAAAAAAUAGAUGGAAAAUGAACAAUAGUUCUGAAAACCAAUAAAUAAAUUUUUUUUCAUAACGAAUAAAAUAGUUUGUUAACAAUCAAUGAACAGACAAAUUAUAAAAAACCAAACAGGCCCAUCUCUUAAUACAGGAGGCACUGUGUACAUACAAGAAAAUGAACAGAUGCCAUGGAGGCUAUAUUUUGAUUUUAAAAAUUAUACAGGAGCGGAAAUGUUUGUUUGGCAAAGAAGUCUUUUUGAAUUAUUUAAAUGUGUGACAAUUCCGUACAAAGGAAUCAGUAUGAAAAUAAAUCACAAAAUGAACAGAUAUAUAUCAGACAGUAUUUACUUACAUGAUUCAGGUUUUCUAUUUGGGCAAAAUGCGUUGAAGAUCAGCAGUGUUUUCUUACAAGAUACAAACAUCCUUCAGCUCUCUGUAAAACAGUUUCAACAAAUUGAAGAUGAUGGCUUGUGUUCAAAUUUGAUAAACUUUGACUUUUGCAGGGACAGGCAUAUUCAGGAUAGAAUGAAUGCAACAUUUGGGUGCGUUUUAUACUUAAGAGAUUCCUUUACUGAAUACAAUAUUUGUGACACAGAAACCACCCCAGCUCCCAUUAAAUAUUCUGCAGUGGGCACCAGAUUUAUACCUCCACCUCCACCACUAGAUCUAGAGAGAAUGAAAAGAAUGCAAAGGCUGAAGGAAGGAUACCAAGAAAUCUCUGCCAGCUUUAAGGCAGGGCCAAUAACUUGCCUUUUUCCAUGUAGAACAACCAUAUUUGAAGUUCACCGUUUUUACAGAGAGAAAAAGAAGAGUGGAUCAGAGGAAAAGUAUCUGAUUAUUAAGAAGCCUAAAGACCUCCAUUCGCAUAAGAAUGAGUAUAUUUACACAAUCUGGGAGUUUGCUGCUGAGUUCGGUGGCUGGAUGGGAGUUCUGUCGGGAUAUAGUAUACUAGAUAUAAGUUUUAUCAUUAUUCAAGCAGUUCAACAUAUUGCACAACUUUUUUUGAAUAGUAUUCCAAAUAUUUUCUAUAAUUCAAAUAAGUAAAUAAAUUCAUGUACAAUUUCA